UUUGAACUAACAGGUUCACAGAAAUCGCCGUGAAGGCAGCCUAUUUCCUAAAUUAACUAAAUAUAGAUUAAAAUGAAUUUGCAGCGGUUGAAUAAACAUUUCUUACGAUUUGCUAACACAAUUCAGAAAUGCAGAUUUUCUACAACAGCGAUCCAAAACGUGAAGUUCUAUGAUGACGUCGACAGCGCAAUAAGCGAUAUUUCAGAUGGUUCAAAACUUCUUGUGGGUGGAUUUGGUUUAUGUGGAAUACCUGAAAAUUUAAUUGGAGGUCUGCUUCGUAAACGAGCAAAAAAUUUAACAGUGGUCAGCAAUAAUGCGGGGGUGGAUGAUUUUGGUUUGGGUUUGUUGUUACAAGAGAAACUUAUAAAAAGAAUGAUUUCUUCAUACGUUGGUGAAAAUGCUGAGUUCGAACGACAGUUUCUUAGUGGGGAACUUGAGGUUGAACUGACACCCCAAGGAACACUUGCAGAACGGAUUAGGGCAGCAGGCGCCGGUAUUCCAGCUUUCUACACACCUACUGCUUAUGGCACACUUAUACAUUUAGGUGGAGCACCCAUACAAUAUGCUUCUGGUGGUAGUAUUAAAGAAAAAAGCCCUACAAAAGAGUCAAAAACUUUUGACGGCCGUAACUUUGUGAUGGAAACAGCUAUUACUGGGGACUUUGCUUUAAUUAAAGCCUGGAAAGCUGACAGAUCUGGAAAUGUAAUUUUCAGGAAAACUGCAAUGAAUUUCAAUCCACCAAUGUGCAAGGCGGCAAAAACUACAAUAGUAGAAGUUGAAGAAAUUGUUGAAACUGGUGAAAUCCCCCCAGAUCAAGUACAUGUGCCUGGGGUUUAUGUUCAUAGGGUGAUAAAGGGGAAUAAAUAUGAAAAGAGAAUUGAGAGACUAACCCACUUUAAAGAGGCAAGCACUGCACCCAGUAGUCCCGCAGCUUUACUUAGGGAACGUAUUGUAAAGCGGGCAGCUCUUGAAUUUAAAGAUGGAAUGUACGCCAAUCUUGGUAUUGGUAUGCCAAUGCUUGCGAGUAACUAUAUCAAAUCAGGAAUGAACGUUACUUUACAAAGUGAAAAUGGAGUUCUUGGUCUGGGCCCCUUUCCUAGAGUAGGAGAAGAAGACCCAGACUUAAUCAAUGCUGGGAAGGAAACGGUCACCGUUGUGCCAGGAUCCUCCUAUUUCUCAAGUGAUGACAGUUUUGCAAUGAUCAGAGGAGGUCAUAUUGAUCUUACCAUGCUCGGGGCAAUGCAGGUUUCAAGAUUCGGGGAUCUCGCUAACUGGAUGAUACCGGGCAAAGUAGUGAAAGGAAUGGGUGGAGCAAUGGAUUUGGUUGGCAGUGCUGGUACCAAGGUAGUAGUUACCAUGGAACAUGUGGCCAAGGGUGGUAAACAUAAAAUAUUAGAUGAAUGCUCACUGCCUCUCACUGGAAAAUCAUGUGUGGAUAUGAUUAUCACAGAACUGUGUGUUUUUAAUGUGGACAAAGAUACUGGGCUCACUUUAGUUGAGAUCGCUGAUGGUGUAACAGUAGAAGAAGUUAAACAAUCUACUGGAUGUGAAUUUAAUGUGGAUGAUAACCUCCAAGUUAUGGCUCAGUAAUGCAAGUCAAUUUCUUCUAAUGUUUUGUGUUUGCAAGCAAUUUUUUUGUGGCAUCACUGGAAAUUUUACAGAAUCCUUUGGUCAUAAUUUUUGUAUAUAUGGUUCAAUAUUUGGGAUCACUGUGUACGUUUUAUCAACACUUGCCUACACAACAGAGUAAUUAUAACACCAUGCUUUUAUCCUGACUAGUUUUGACAGUGCCUUUGUAGUAAUCAUGUGUUGGAAUGCUUUUAUACAGUGACAGAUAAUAAAAACUGCUUGUUUGAAGUAGGUUGAACAAAGAUUUUCUGUUUUUUCUAACUUUCCAUGUUUAUUUACAUCUCUGUAGUGUUUCAAAUCAUGAAAUAAUUGUAUUUUCUCGCCAUCAAAAUACACACUAAUUUAUUGAAA